AUGGCUCUGAACGGUCCUCGUGAAUCCGAGAAGCUCGACAAAACACUCGAGCAAACACCAGGUAUACAUAUAUUCCUAGGACCCAUCGCUCCACCCGCCGCGCUCGGUCUCGCAGGCUUCGCAGGAUCAACAUGGAUCACAUCGUCCUACAUCGCCAACUGGUGGGGCAGUCCGGAGAGUCCUACAAUCUUCUUCCCGUUUGUAGGCUUAUUCGGCGGACUGGCGCAGUUCAUUGCCGGUCUAUACGGGUUCAAAGCGAGGGAUACGCUCGCUGCUGGAGCUAUACCAGCGCAUUCGGUUUAUACGCAUUUCCCCGAGCUGGCUUCUUGCUUCGUCAUCCUCUGCAUAAUUACCUGGUCUGGUGCUCUCGCGGCCACGGCGCGCGACAUCGUCCUUUCGAUGUGCCUCUUCUCCCUCGCCAUCGGCAGCACUAUUGCGUGUUGCAUGUUUGCGUACAACGGCGCACCUUCCUCGGCCGCUGAUACGAGAGUGCAUCUGGUGACGGUCUCUCAGGUGGUGUCACUAUGGGCAUGA